AUGGAAAGUGCAGCAGCCUGUUCUCGUCUCCUGUCUCUGGAUCCGUCUCAGUGCAGUCAUGCCUUGGCUAUAGCAGCUUCUCUAGCUGGAGCUCCAAUGGCUAAUGCUGCCACUCAGUCCAAGCCCCUUCACAUCGGCAACGCCUCUCGUUUGGGGCUUGAAGCUGCUCUGCUGGCCUCCAGAGGCCUAGAGGCCAGUCCUCUGGUCUUGGAUGCUGUUGCAGGAGUGGCGGGCUUCAGCGCCUUUUAUGAAGAUUAUGUUCCUCAGCCUUUAGAGUCACCUGAUGAUGGUGGACAUGUGUUCCCUUUAGAGGAGCAGGACAUGGCUUUUAAGCGUUUUCCUGCUCAUCUGGGGAUGCACUGGGUAGCUGAUGCUGCAGCUGCGGUCCAUGAGCUCCUUGUGGGACAUGGUCUAGGACAGGUGUCCCCACAUCAGGUCCAGGACAUCCUGCUCAGAGUCCCCCAGUCUAAAUACAUCAACAGGCCUUUUCCCGAGUCAGAGCACGAGGCCCGCCACUCCUUCCAGUUUAACGCCUGCAGCGCUCUGCUGGACGGUGAGGUGACCGUGCAGUCCUUCAGCCCGCCCGCCAUGAGCCGCCCAGAGCUGCACUUCCUGCUGAGCCGUGUUCGCAUGGAGCAUCCUGAGGACAACCCCGCCAAUUUCAACCGCAUGUACGGAGAAGUCCAGGUGACUCUAGUUGGAGGAGACAUCCUGAAGGGCCGCUGUGACACCUUCUACGGCCACUGGCGCAACCCGCUGACAAACGAGAGCCUGAGCAAGAAGUUCAGAAGCAACGCAGAGGUGGUGCUGCCAUCAGAGAAGGUGGAGCGGCUUGUGGAGGUGGUGGAGGAGCUGGGCAGGCUGGAUGAUUGUGGAGCUCUUCUCUCACAGCUGCAGUGAUCAAUAACACUGAACAAUAAAGCAACAAUCCUUCAGCAUAGAAAUAAGAAUAAUAUUAUUUUUAUAUUAAUGUUCUGAAAUGAUCUGCUUAGUGUAGACUGGAAAUAAACACAUUGUCAUGUUUUUCCUCUGGAGUUUACCUCAAGCUGAUGUUUCCUCUAUUGUUCAAGAUUGUCUUUUGGUAUUGAAUUCUGUUUUUAUCGUAACAAAAUUCAGAUAAAAACAUGA